GUGGGAGGAAACCGCUGUAUUUGACAUGCGCAGUGACAGUAGGCCAGGAGCUACACAUGCGCAGUGAGGAGAAGUCUCUCAGACCGGGCACCCAGUGACCGUAGGCACCCAGUGACCGUAGGCACCCAGUGACUCCAUGCUGUAGGCCGCUGAGGAAUCGGAAGGCCGGCGGGGGCUGCAGGAUGAACUCCUCUCAUCGGGAGUCGGUGUCCUUUACAGACGUGGCGGCCACGUUCUCGGAGGGGGAGUGGAACAUCCUGUCGGACUGGCAGCGGGAGCUGUACGGCACCGUUAUGCGCCAGAUACACAGCGUGCUGAUGGACCUGGGGUACCACAUUCACAAUUCCGAAAUCCUCUUCAGGAUCACCAAGAACGAGGAGCCGGGGAGGUACCAUCGCUACGUGGCGGCCAGGAGCAAAGAGGGCCACGCCCCUGACAUCCUGCUGAGAAUCAAUUAUAUUGGGGAGCGCGCGGUCUCCAGUGACACCGACGACUCAAACGAGGGAUCAGAAAUGGGGCAGAAUGCGGCAGAGCGCCAGUCGGACUGUCUCCUGAGGGUAAAACAGGAGGAGGAGGAGCAGUACUGCCCAAACCCGUAUGACUCCCAAUUGGACUCCCAAGCAGAGACCCCGCCCAUCUCUCAGGAGGAAGAGGAGGGAAAGCCAUUCCCCAGCCCAGAGAGAAGCAAUGAAUGGAGUCCUGCCAGAGUUCUUCCGAGAUCCGAGAGGUCCAGUGUUGGGGAAGGCAUGGAACCGCGCAGAGAGCGGACGCAGAGGCGCAAGGGGAUUGCCCGACAGAUCAAGCCGGGGUUGGCACUGCACAAUUCAGACAAGGAAACGGAACCCAAAGAUUCUGAUGCCCCUCCCACUGCCGAGCACUUCCCAGAGUCCGGCCUAUCAAACAUGAGACUGCCCUUCCCUGAUGCCCAGCAGGGGGCGGAGGAGGCGUGCCCGUACACAGCUUUCCCUGACGAUGCCGCUCCAAUCAGCUUCCAGCAGCGGGGGCAGACGUUCAUAAUCUGCUGUGUGUGCGGCAAAACCUUCUGUAACAAGUCCAGCUUCCAGGUGCAUAUGCGGACACACACGGGCGAGCGGCCUUACAAAUGCAGCGACUGCGACAAGAGCUUUAUCCGCAGCUCCCACCUCAAGAUCCACCUGCGGACACACACGGGCGAGCGGCCUUACAAAUGCAGCGAGUGCGACAAGAGCUUCCGGGACAACUCCAGCUUUGCCCGCCACCAGCGCAUCCACACGGGCGAGAAGCCCUACCAGUGCCCCACGUGCGCCAAGUACUUCCGUAAGAAGUCCAACCUGAAGGACCACCAGCGCACACACACGGGGGAACGGCCCUACAAGUGCAAACACUGCGAAAAGAGCUUCCACCAAAAGUCCAACCUGAGGGUUCAUGAGAGGAACCACCAUGGAGAGGACUGCUGAGACUGCUGGGGGUGCCCCCUGGCCUGACCCAUCUUCUUAGCACCGGGCACUGGGCCACGUAGGCUCCUGGUGACAGCACCGAGCUCUGAUUGGCUGGAGUUUCAUAUGUGCAGACACAGGGCCACAUAGUACAGUGGUUGCCAUUCACAGGUAAAACUGCCCCUAGAAUAGAGGGGGACACCAUUCCCUCUGUGUGUCUAAUAGGUCAUUGUGCCAUGGUUCCUUCUUCCUGGGCUGGACCGGGCUACUAUAGGCAAUUCUCUGGCCCAAAAAGCCUAAGUACAGAUCUACCCCCUGAGAGAGUAUGCCUUGUACAAACCCCUUGCAGAUCCUGCCUAGGUCAGAACUGAACUGAGGAUCCCAAAGGUAUCGGAGCUAGCCAUGUAAGCCCAAGGUCCAAUACCAUACAACAAAACCAGCAAAGGUAGGGAUUCCCCUGUACUAAGCACAAUUCAGCAGGAACAGCCCCCUAAGUUUGCCCAUAGCCUGUACAGAGAGAUACCAUAAAACUAUGGCACAUAGGGAUUCCCCUGUACUAAGCACAAUUCAGCAGGAACAGCCCCCUAAGUUUGCUCAUAGCCUGUACAGAGAGAUACCAUAAAACUAUGGCACAUAGGGAUUCCCCUGUACUAAGCACAAUUCAGCAGGAACAGCCCCCUAAGUUUGCUCAAAGAGAUAGCAGAUAUCAUAAAAGCAUGGAUAUAUCGCUCAUAGCCAAUCACAUUCAGCAAGAGAAUUUGCAGGGGCUCAUGAAGACCUGUUCCUGGUAUGGGGAACACUUGCAUGAAUAUUCUGUCAGAGUAACAAUAGUACAGCAUUACGUGGGUUAAACUGGGAACACUGCAGAGUUUCCUUCUAACAGCGGAGAAGGGAAUUAAAGACAUUUGUUUGUAGCAGUUCUGGCAUCUAAAAUAAAUUUGUAUUUUAUGUUUAUUGGUUCUAUUAUAAACCCUCAGAUUUACCCA